ACUUUAGUUCCUUACGUUAAUUAUUAGAUACUAAUCUUCCUACACUAAACUUCAUCUUUCCCCUUUAAUUAUUCAUGUUUAGCAAUAUUAAUAUCUAUAACCAUAUAAUAAGAAUUAAUUAAUAAACAAAAAUCAUCAAAAAUAGAGAGAAAAACACAUCAAGAUGAGUAAAAGCCAUGAACAUUCAAUUUCCAUGAAUGAAAAAAUGGAUGAUUAUGUUGAUGAUCCAAAUUUCAUUGCAACUAAUCUCAUGUCCAAUCACAACAUUGCUCCACUCUACAAGAAAUUACUCGAAAAGUUGGAAGACAAAGAUGAUGAAAUUAUUUCGUGUCAAGAUCUUGAUCAUCAAGAAUCGAAAGUGGUUAACCCUAAGAUUCAAAGAGUUCCAACAAUUCUCCGAAAAAACAAACAUUUAGAGAAGUAUUUCGAGCCAAGGUGGAUUUCAAUAGGCCCAAUUCAUCACCAAAAGCCACAUCUACAACACCAAACUCAAUACAAGCUUGCAUUGGCCGCGAAAUUCAUCAAAGGCAGUGGUUCAAAAACCGAGGUUUUGUACAACAAAAUCGAGAAGAAAUUCAAGGAACUAAAGAAAUGUUUCGAUGAAAAUUAUGUCAAGUGUUACGAUGAUGACACUCUUUGUUGGAUGCUAUUUUUUGAUGGGUGUUCAAUGCUUCAACUCAUAAAUAGUUACAACAAUGAUGAGUUAAGGGUUUUGAAGAUUAAAACUGACCAAAUAGCUCUUGCUCAACAAGAUUUGUUCAUGUUGGAGAAUCAAAUACCAUUUUCCAUACUCAAAAUUUUGAUGGAAUCUUGUAGUGAAGAGAGAUGUGAAGAUUUAAAAGUGUCAAUUAAGGAAUUUAUUCGUUACAAUGUCAUGGCACCACAAAAGUACAAGAAAUCUUUACAAAUCGAAAUUGAUGGUAAUCCAGAGCCAGUUCAUCUUCUUGAGCUUCUUCGAUCGGUGAUUCUUCAACAUCCCAGAAAAAAUCACAGGAGUUGUUCCGGUUGUCUAGGUUUCAGGAAAACAAAAAUCGACUUUACAACAAAUGACAACGAUCCAGGACAACAAUCAUUUAGAAGUGUUCAAGAUUUAAAAGCAGCAGGAAUCGAUUUCAAACCAAGUGAGACUUGUUCACUUAGAGACAUAACAUUUACAUCGUUAUGUUUCGCAGGUUGGCUAAGAUUACCUCCCUUAACCGUUGAUGACACAACUGGUCCAAGGUUUUUAAACCUAAUUGCCUAUGAAAUGUGUCCCGAUAAUAUCGAUACAAAUUAUGAAGUGACCUCUUACAUAUGUUUCUUAGAUUCGCUCAUUGAUUAUCCCGCUGAUGUUAAAGAGUUAAGAGCAUCUCACAUAUUGUACAAUCUUCUAGGUUGUGACAAAGAUGUGGCUCAUCUCUUUAAUGGGAUAGCAACCGAUUUGGUUGCUAGUCCUGUUUACAUGAAUGUUAUAAAUCAAAUACAAAAUCAUUACAAAAGCAAGUGGAGGACUUGGAUGGCGCAAGUCUACCAUGACCAUUUUAGUAGCCCGUGGACUAUUGUCGCCUUUUUGGCUGCCGUUUUAGCACUGUUGAUGUCGGGUGUUCAAACCUGGUUUUCUUAUGAAGGUAGUGGGGGCGACACGAAAAGUGCUACAGGUCCUACUUCUUCUCCUCCUCCCCCUAAUUAAGUACUACAUAGUUUUAUAUUCAGUGUGAAAUUUGGAGAAAUAAGAGUAUUUUUCUCCAUGAGUUUGUUGAAAUUUUACAAGUUUGUGUGAUAUCUUCUUUAAAAUAUUUGAAGUUUCCCUUUUAUUUUUUGGACUUUCAAUAAUGAAUUAAUUUUUUUUAUUCUAUUUCUUUGUUUGGUUAAAUAUUAAAGUUCUA